AUGGCGCAGGGUUGGGCUGGGGCGACUUCUGGGGAACGUAGCCGGGGUCGAACCCCUAGAGUUGCGGAGGCCUCUGAGGUCGCCUCGCGGCUCGCCCUCCGCACCUCCCCCGGCCCCGGCGGCGUUGGGCUCCCCGCCGGGACUGAUGUCGCGCGCUUGCGUGCUGCGGCCAAAGCUUCCGACCCAGAGGCCGGCCCCAGAAAGCCCCGAGCGAGUAGGGGGUGGCGCGCAGGAAGGGAGGAGGGCCGGGGGCGUGGGGGGGUGUGGGUAUUCGGGGGUGGAGAUGUAGAAGAUGUGACGCCGCGGCCCGGCCGGUGCCAGACCAGCGGACGCGGUGCCCGCGGUUGCUGCCGGAUCCCGGGCGCUGCAGCUAGGGCAGGCGGCCCUUCCGAGCGGCGGCCGCGGAGAUACCCGGCCCUAAACCCCAGCUCCCGAGCCCCCCGGCGCACCGCGCACUCGGACAGCCGGAGAGGGGAGCGGCCGAGCGGCUCGAGGCUGGGGGCCCGCGGGCGAGUGAAGGCCCCGGGCCGGGUCGCGGGCCGGGGCCGGGGCCGGGGGGCGGCGGCGGCUCCCCGCGCCACUCCAGGGGCGCGGGGACCCCGGCAGAGCCCCGGUGGGGCCAUGGCAGCCGGGAGCAUCACCACGCUGCCCGCCCUGCCUGAGGACGGCGGCAGCGGCGCCUUCCCGCCCGGCCACUUCAAGGACCCCAAGCGGCUGUACUGCAAAAACGGGGGCUUCUUCCUGCGCAUCCACCCCGAUGGCCGAGUGGACGGGGUCCGGGAGAAGAGCGAUCCUCACAUCAAACUGCAACUUCAAGCAGAAGAGAGAGGGGUUGUGUCCAUCAAAGGAGUAUGUGCAAAUCGCUAUCUUGCCAUGAAGGAAGAUGGAAGAUUACUGGCUUCUAAAUGUGUUACCGACGAGUGUUUCUUUUUUGAACGAUUGGAAUCUAAUAACUACAAUACUUACCGGUCAAGGAAAUACUCCAGUUGGUAUGUGGCACUGAAACGAACUGGGCAGUAUAAACUUGGACCCAAAACAGGACCUGGGCAGAAAGCUAUACUUUUUCUUCCUAUGUCUGCUAAGAGCUGAUCUUAACGGCAGCAUCUGAUCUCAUUUCACAUGAAAGACGACGUAUAUUUUUGAAAUUUGUUAAUGAAAGAAAAGAAAAAAA